AUGUGCAAUCUCGAAGGGGCUCAUGCCAGUGGUAUGGUUGGUCGAGGAGUUAUAGGCAAACUUGGCGCAUGGAAUGAUCAGAUCCUAAGUGGUCAAGCUCUUGUCGACUAAUGACCGAAGUAGAUUCCCUAAGCUACAAUUGACAACCUCGGUCUGGCUGUCAGUCUGUGGAUGGUAAGCAGUGGAGAACUUGAGCUUAGUCCCAAGUAAGUUCCAAAGAGUCCUCCAGAAGUGGUCGGUAAACUAUAUGUCACGGUCUGAGACUAUGGACUUGGGUAGCUCAUGAAGAUGCACAAUCUCUCUAAAGUAGAGGCUAGUGACCUUAGAGGCGUCAGAGGUUUUCGAACAUCGCACGAAGUGUGCCAUCUUUGAAAACCUAUCGACGACCACCAUGAUCGAGUCAUGUCAUCGUGCAGUGCGCAGGAGUCCCAAAACGAAGUCCAUGUUGACAUCGUCCCAUGGGUAGGUCGGCACUGGAAGUGGCGUGUAGAGUCCAACAUUCUUCUUUACCAACUUGGCGAGUGCACGCACUCGACACUGAGCGACAAUGUUCCCUACAUCGCGCUUGAGGGUCGGCCAGUAGAACUAGUACUCGACUACUGCGAUGGUCUUAUCGUGACCGAAAUGGCUGAAUAGAUCUCCUACGUGACAUUCCCAAGUGAGGAAGUCACGGAGGGAUGUGCAUGGAAUGCACAAUCUACUCCUAAAGAACAUACAUCUGUUGACCACAAGGAAGUCCUUAUGAUAUCGGGAUGGACCAUCCGAGAGUGCUCGUAGAACGUGGCCAAAGUUCGAGCAAUUUGUGUAAGAAUCCGGUAGGAACUCAAAUCCUGUCACCUAAACCUUCACGAGGUUCAGCAAGUGGACUCGUCGGCUGAGGGCGUCUGCCAUCACGUUCUUCUUGCCCUUCUUGUGGCGAAGGACAAAGGUGAAGUCCUGCAAGUACUCAACCCAUCGUGCGUGUCGAUCGCUCAGCUUUUGCUGGGAGUGUAGAUACUUCAAGGCCUCGUGGUUCGAGAAGAGAACAAACUCCAUAUAAAGGAGGUAAUGGCGCCAGUGUUUGAAAGCCUGAAUGACGGCGUAGAACUCACGAUCGUAAGUGGAGUAUCUAAGCCUCACAUCAUUCAGCUUCUCGUUGAAGUACUCUAUGGGAUGGCCUUCCUAGCUAAGGACACCCCCAAUACCGACGCCCGAGGUGUCACAGGCGACCUCAAAUACCUUGCCAAAGUCGGGUAGGCAAAGUAUCGGUGCAUGAGUGAUAAGAGCCUUCACCCAAUCAAAGGCAUGUUCAGUUGCCUCUGUCCAAAGGAAGGUCUCCUUCUUGAGGCAAUCAGUAAGCGGAGAGGUAAUGGAACUAAAGUCCCGAAUGAAGCAACGGUAGAACGUCACUAG